CUCAAGUUGUUAUCUGACUUAAUUUAAUGGUCGCCGUUUUCUGAUUCAUCUAAUUUUAAUAUUUUGGCUCCCACAUUGAGUGUUAGGCCUGAAUAAUAAAGGAGCUAUUCAACCAGAUGUGCGAAGUGCUCUCACCGAAUCUGCCUCCCUAAUACUCACCACUCCGUCACCUUCGCUUGCGAGACUUAUAUUUCUAAUCUACACGAUGGCAACCGAAACAGUUAUCCAUAACGGGCCAUCCCGGUUGGAAAUUCUCAGUCCCGAGGAUUUUGAGACGGCUUCUAUUCGUUCAGCCGCCCCCUCUUAUAUGUCCGAAGCGCCUUCAUAUCACUCGACGAUACCUACAAACGAAAAUGUACCCGAGUACACACCACCGGAGCCGCGAGGCUCGCCGUUGGCAUCGCCGCCACGGUAUACGUCUAUGCUAAACCCAUCCCCAACGCCAACUCCCAUGACCUCAACAUUUGCGCCGGGAGCGGGCUUACCACGGAUACCUUCUCCGCGCCGCCGUAGCGAGGUACCACACCUCGGUCAUUUCCAAGUCCCGAGCUGGUCCUCGAUGAGCAGCAACCCGACAGCGCGCCACUAUCAAAGGGUUGCCCACCGUCGCGUAUCCGCUGCUAAUGGAUCUCACUGGGGAGGAGUCGAAAGCGCCCUGCGGACGGCGGUCCAACGCAUGAACGCCGUGGCUGCGGCCGACGAUACUGACCCCUAUAAAGCGCGACCUCUCGAAGAUCCGUACCUGGUUGGAGAGGAAGCGGCUGCGAGAGCGAGAAGCGAGAGACUAGCAAGACAGAAUGGAGAUGAUGUUUUAAUUCGCGAGGAUAGACACUGGGAUUGGUUUCUGGGUCAGACGAGAGGUAUUGAGGAACGUGAGCGAGGUUGGAACAGCUUCCGCACCAACAUCGAGAGCCGUGGGAGACUCGCUCGCCGCUUCGGUCGAUGAAUAAUCUGUUGGACUUAUCACGCGGGAAUUAUUUCCGUCGCAAUAGAAAUUUCGAUCUU